UCGUUUCAGAAUGCUUCGCAGUUGGAGAGAGAGACCGCCUUAUUUUUUGUUCUAUAGCUACUGAAAGCGCGCGAAAUCGAUGUUAUGCUCUCUUCGGGACUCAUAUAAACGGCGGCGUUUGAGCGGAACCUUAUGCCCCGACUGGUUCCAAAAUUAGUAUCAGGUCGAGAUGGACAGUAUCAAGCCCUUGCCAGAGGCUCUUCGUAGUUCGGUCCGUUCAGGGGUUGUGUUGUUCGACUUAACGAGGGUUGUGGAGGAGCUCGUUUUCAACAGUCUUGAUGCCGGCGCAACGAAGGUAUCAGUCGCUGUGGGUCUAGGGACUUGCUAUGUGAAAGUAGUGGAUGAUGGAUCAGGUGUCUCUCGGGAUGGAUUAGUGUUACUUGGAGAAAGAUAUGCAACAUCAAAGCUACAUGAUUUGGCUAAUGUGGAUGCCACUAUUAAGAGCUUUGGCUUUCGGGGAGAAGCAUUGGCUUCGAUAGCUGAUGUCUCAUUGUUAGAAAUUGUAACAAAAGCUUGUGGGAGGCCGAAUGGAUAUCGCAAGGUCAUGAAGGGAGCCAAGUGCUUGUAUCUUGGACUUGAUGAUGAUAUGAAAGAUGUAGGCACCACAGUGGUUGUUCGUGAUUUGUUUUACAACCAACCUGUAAGGAGGAAGCAUAUGCAAUCCAGCCCCAAGAAGGUCUUGCACUUGAUAAAAAAAUGUGUUCUUCGGAUUGCCCUGGUGCAUUCAAAGGUCUUCUUCAAAGUUUUCGAUAUUGAAAGUGAGGAUGAUCUUCUCUAUACCCGUCCUUGUGCUUCUCCUUUGUCACUUUUGAUGAGUGGUUUUGGUCUUAAGGAUUCCAAAUUCCUUCAUGAACUGGAAUACAGUGAUGGCAUAUUAAAGCUGUCUGGCUAUGUUUCUGGUCCUUAUGGUUGCCAUGAUAUUAAGGCUUUCCAGUAUGUUUAUAUCAACUCACGGUUUGUAUGCAAAGGUCCCAUUCAUAAAUUGCUAAAUAACUUGGGUACAAGGACUGUGUGUUUGGAUCAAUGGAAAGCUAAUAGAGGGUCCCUAAAAGGAAAGAGAAGUACAGCCCAAGCAUUGCCGGCGUACAUGUUGAAUUUAUUAUGCCCUCAUUCCCUCUAUGAUUUAACUUUCGAACCAUCAAAAACAUUUGUUGAGUUUAAGGACUGGGCACCUGUGCUUUACUUUAUUGAGGAGGCCGUCCAAAAACUUUGGAGAGGAAGUACUUAUGGAGAACCCUUAAGUCAUGGAGCUGAUAUAUUCCAUAAGGAUAACAAGUGGAAUGAAGCUGACAAUAUCACAUCAGAAGAAGAAGAUAUUCGUAAUGCUUAUUGGGUGGAGAACUCUGAAUUCACAUUGAAGAAGUGUGGCGUGCAGAAUCAUCAGACUUCUCUCUACAUUCCUUCCUCUCCUUUGGAAAUGCAAAUUAAGGACAAAAACUGGUCUUUAAGUGAAAAUCAUGAUAAACUUCACAUUUGGCAGUAUCACAAGUAUGCUGAGUUGGAGCAGCAAACUGAUAUGGAAUUUGUUGAUCAGAUUGACUAUUCUUUUCAAUUAUGUGGCGAUUCCCUUGCAGAAUGCGCUGCUGCUGUGGUCCCAAAAAGUGAGAAUCAUCUGUUGACAUCGGAUGAUGAUCUUUUUUUGAAUAAUAGUUAUUUUAUGAAAAAUCGAUAUGCUGCUUCUAAAAAAUUCAAGAAAUAUGGGGAUGGUGAUCUUUUCAUGUCAAGAAUGCAGAAUGAGUUCCGUAACGCUGAUCCAAGUUUGAUAAGAGAAACUGAGGCGUGUGCAUCUCCUUACGAGUCUGGCGAAUUUAUCAAAAAAAACACAGAUAAUUACAAAAUGCCAUUCAUGCAAAGUUGUACCUCACUUGGAAACCUGCUACAUGAUAAGGUUUUAUUUGCAAAUGUAGGUGGCUUUAAGAAUUCAAUUGAUGGCUUCAGGACCAAAAGAAAACGGGUUUGCUCUGAUGAUGCUCUCAAUAUCCUAGAAGUAGAUUCCAUUGACCAGAGUUAUGAUUUUUUCCCGAGGAGUCCGUGGUUGGAUGAGGCUUCAACUGCUAUGCAGCUUCCCCAGCUCAAGAUAGAUGAUGACUAUUCUGGAGAUGUUGAUCUUCUGUCACGAGCUUCUGUAAAGUCACUCCCUUCUUAUAUAAAGCCAUUUUCGAAUGUGAGAGGCCUUGCAGCUAAUGUGGUUGCUCAAACAGGAAGCUCUAGCUCACGUCAUCAGUUUGCAGAUUCUGGAUGGCAUUCAGUAAGCUCGGACAUAUUUCAACCCAUGCCAUUGGAUUUUGGACAAUAUGCCAACAAAAGUGCACUUAAAAUAAGUGGUAGAUCAGGGGAGGAAGAUAAUUGUUGGAAUUAUACUGAUUUUGAACAAAUAGGCUGCCAGUUCGAUUGUGAAGCCAUUUUGAAGAGUUCCACAAUGGAGAACUGCAGCUCAAUUUCUAGAGGCACUGGGUUAGAUUUUGAUAAUACCCACUUUCGAAAGGAUCUAUGUGAUAAAUUUUCUCCUCCGCAUUCAGAUUUAUCACUUGAUGAGACCUCGUUAUGCUUAAAUACUUGUCCUAGAGAUUACGCACGCAUCGAGAAGUAUGGAACCCAAAGAAUGGGAUUUAAAUAUGAAGAUCUUACAACAGGUCAUUUUCCUAAAAAACGAGCAAGAAGAAGCCAUUCUGCUCCGCCAUUUUGUAGAAAUAAGAAAAAGGUUAUUUCCUUAAAUCAGUACACAAGGAUGAAAGAACCCAAUGCUCACACCUUUUGUGAUUUGCAUACUUCAGCUGUAAUUUUUGCAGAAGCUAACGAAGUGAAGGAUCUCCGACAAUCUUUGGGUGUGCUGCAUUCAUCUUCAAAGCUGAAUUCUGUGGAGGAUUUAGAGUUUGGCACCAGGCAAGAUGAUAGGAACAUACAAGAUGUUAUGCUAGAGACAAAUGGGCUCCGGGAUGAUGAGAAGUUUGAGAACUCACAUUGUACUUGUGCUAAUGAUGUUGGUCUUUUUGAAGAUUUUAUUCCAAAGGAAACCGAGGAAUCAUUACAUUAUGCGGUCAAAUGGCGCACUAGACCACAAACUACGAACAACGGUAGGCCAAAUCAUAUUCAUGAUCAAAAUAAAAUACUUGAAAUUUCCUCAGGGUUCUUCCAUCUUUCUGGUGAUUUGUUAUUUCCUAAAUCUAUCAACAAGAACUGCCUUGCGGGUGCCAGAGUUCUCCACCAGGUGGAUAAGAAGUUCAUCUCCAUUGUAGCUGGUGGAACUCUUGCUGUUAUUGAUCAGCAUGCUGCGGAUGAAAGGAUUCGACUGGAGGAACUUCGUCGCAAGGUGCUAUCUGGGGAAGGAAAAGCAGUUACCUUUCUGGAUACUGAACAAGAGUUGGUCCUCCCUGAAAUUGGCUAUCAGUUACUGCACAAUUAUGCUGAUCUGAUCAAAGAUUGGGGUUGGUUCUGCAGCAUCCACUCUCAAGGUUCAAGGUCCUUCAAAAAGAAUUUGAAUGUUCUUCACCAGCAGCCGACUCUUAUCACACUUCUGGCGGUGCCCUGCAUUUUAGGUGUCAAUCUAACUCACAUGGAUCUGCAGGAAUUUCUAGAGCAGCUUGGUGAUACUGAUGGAGCAUCAACAAUUCCACCAUCUGUCAUUCGAGUGCUUAAUUUUAAAGCUUGCAGAGGUGCAAUUAUGUUUGGGGAUUCCUUGCUGCCUUCAGAAUGUUCCCUCAUUGUUGAAGAGCUAAAGCAGACCUCUCUCUGUUUCCAAUGUGCUCAUGGACGACCAACCACUGCCCCUCUUGUCAACAUGGAGGCAUUUCAGAAGCAGAUAACUAAGCUUGGGGCAUUAGAGGGCGACUCAAACAAGCCAUGGCAUGGUUUGUGUAGACAGGAAGUUAGUCUUGAACGUUCUGCCCAGCGAUUAACAGAAGCUAGAGGCUUUUAAUAAAUAUUAGUAACGUGGAAGCGCUGCAUAAGUCUAAAUGUCUGGUUCAAUGAGAUGGUCAUCCCUAAACCCUAAACCCCAUAGAUCAAUACUGGAGGCGGGGCAGCAAUUCUCAUGUCUCUGCAGCUUUGCCUUUGAACAUAAGAGACUUAUUACAGUACGAAUGUCGAUCCUUUUUAAACAUCAUCAGUUUAUGUACCAUAAUUUGGGUCAA